GUUCCUCCCUCGCACAACAAUCGGGUGAUUUGGGGGAGGUGCUUCGCAGGGCUGGGAGUCCUGCUUCUGGAGCUGCAGCGCGAGUACCAGGAAAUUAGCAGAGUGGGCAGGGGGCCUGCCUGCUGUCCCGUCUGCCCGCGCUGUGAACGCCCCGCGGUGGCAGCGCGACACGCCCGCUGGGGACAGGUUUGUGGCUGGAUUCCUACUCGGAUUCACUAGGAGAAGCAGUCACCUCUACCUUAGGGGACUGAGCCCUACUCUCUGGCAAAAAUGAUGGAGAUUCCAGACCAAAAUUGAAAAAAUGGUUGACCUCACUGAGCUAAUGGAAAAUGAAGUAUUCAUGGCCUUUGCUUCCUAUACAACGAUUAUUCUUUCAAAAAUGAUGUUUAUGAGUACUGCAACUGCAUUCUUUAGAUUGACAAGAAAGGUUUUUGCCAACCCAGAAGACUGUGCAGGGUUUGGCAAAGGAGAAAAUGCCAAGAAAUAUCUUCGGACAGAUGACAAAGUGGAACGUGUGCGAAGAGCUCACCUGAAUGACCUUGAAAACAUUGUGCCAUUUCUUGGUAUUGGCCUUCUGUAUUCCUUGAGUGGUCCAGAUCUCUCUACAGCCAUCCUGCACUUCAGACUCUUUGUUGGAGCACGGAUCUACCACACAGUCGCGUAUUUGACACCCCUUCCCCAGCCAAAUCGUGCUUUGGCUUUCUUUCUUGGCUAUGGAGUUACUUUUUCAAUGGCUUACAGGUUGCUAAAGAGUAGAUUGUACCUGUAAGGAGAAUCCUACAACUCAUCAUCCAGUUAUUUUCUAAGAAUUCUGUACUUCCAAUUUAUGAUGAUUUUUUUUUUUUUUUUAGAUUUUAAGUGGGAGGGGAGCAGAGAAAUUUAGAUGGGGCAGACAGCCUGAAUAUUAACAUGACCAAUAUCCUUUAUUCUUAUGCUUGUACUGAAAUUUUAACACAAUCCUUAAGUCUUUUGAUUUCCUAUUUAAGUGCCUUGUGAUAAUUCAGAUUAUAAUUUGUAACAUUCAUUCAACAUUUAAUAUUUUAAAUCUAUAAAAAGGGUGAGUGUAUGUAUGAUACCCCUGUAUUACAAUAUUGCUGAAACAGACAUACGAAGUAAAGAAUUUGAAGAAUA